AUGAGAUCCAUGCUUGCCGCUAGUGCGCUUUUUGCGCUCGCAUCGAUGCUGGUGUCUGCCCAAGACGCCAUGCCGCUUCCCAACUACACGGUCAAGGAUGUGCCGAUCGCCAGCACGUUCUACUGGUUUUCGUCGGUCGAGGUGGGUGUGUGCUACAGUCCCGUUGCACGCGCGGCUGGCAUCAAGGGCGCCAUCCACUGCACGCACCAGGGCAGCUACGAUGUGGACAACAACACCUGGACGCUGCCGCAGACGUGCGUCGCCCUCAAGCCGCUCGGCACCGAGCUGAGCACCGCCGUGCGCGACUCGUGCAAAAACGCAAAGGGCACCUUCAACGUGAUCAAGCCCGCCUCGGCCAACGCUGCAGGCACCCAGGCUGCCAACGCCAUCUCCAAGAACGGUGCCGGUGCUGGUGCCGGUGCUGGUGGUGAUGCUAGUGCUGGCGCUGGCGCUGGUGCAGGCGCCGACACUUCCUCGGACGGUUCGGCCCCCGAAUCGAACGACAAGGAGGACAAGGGCUUCCUCGGUAACCUGCUUGGCCUUUGA